CUUUGCCGUCAGUAUGAACAAAAAUUUACUUGUAGUGUUAAUUGUCAUAGGCGUGGUGUGGGGCGAAGCACAGUCCUGCACAUCAUGUGGUUCCGAAUGUCAGUCCGCAUGUGGAACAAGACACUUCAGAACUUGCUGUUUCAAUUACAUUAAAAAAAGAAAUUCGGAUUCCCUGGCCGUGGAUCCGAGUCUUCGCUUAGAACUAUGGCUUGCGAAAUCGAGAAAUCCCUAUUUCCAACGAAAUUUUCUGGAUUCCUUCCUUGAACUACCUGAAAGCGUCAAUCAGGAUCACGAUAUGACACAGUAAUUUUUUUUUAAAUAUCGUUCAAAAUUGUUUAAAUUAUAGAUGUUUACCGUAUUUUGGGCUGGGUAUUAAAGGAUUUACGUAACUACGUCCUAUAUCAU